AUGUCCCCAGGGACAAUCCGACGGCCCGUGAGAGAGACAGCGCGACGAGAGCACCGGUCGGGGCGGGGACUUCCCUCUCGCCGCGUGGAGUCUGGAGGCGCUUGCGCGUGCUUGCGGUGUUGCAGCUGCCCGCCGGGGUACGUCCUGCUCCCGCUGGAGGCCAAGCACGACGUGGCGGCGCUGGAGACGUGGGCGGGCCGCGUCUGGCUCGGCGCCCUGGACCUCAUCAGGAGCGUCAUCGUCCGGAACCCAGGGCUGUCGUGGGGCGCGUUCCCCGAGGACAAGACUGAAGGAUACCCCGCAGCGCACAUCCUGGGCGAAGGGGGGUUCCUCCGCAUCCUGUACACGUCCGACGACCACCGUCGCAAGGGGCUGGGCGGGCUGGUGACGCGCGCCGCCUGCAGGGCCCUGGCGGAGCGCGGCAAGGACCUCCACGCCAACAUCGUGUUUCCCAACCCCGCCUCCGAGGCCACCUUCAGGAAGCUCGGCUUCAAGCGGAUCUGCGAGUGCACCUUCGUCGUCUACAACCCCUCGCGGCCCGACCACCCACCGGCAGACGCGCCCGUUGUAAAGUUUUAGAGAGUUUGCGAAAUGCCCCACUUGACUGACCUCAUUAAUUUCAGAUUAGAGUAAAAACUAUUAGUUUUCUCGUUUUUAAAUAUUUAAAAAAUGUCAUUGGAAAUCUGGUGGUUACAACACCGCCCGACCCAAACCCCUCUCUGGUCCGUCCAUGCCAACCUGUCGAAAAAAAGAGAAAAUUUAUUUUUAAAAAUGCAUUCUACCUACCAAAAACUUUCGUGAUUUAUUGUCCAUGAGGCUAUAUGUCCGAGCAUGAAUCACGUAACGGACUUGCUUCCGUCGCAAUGACGAGGCCAGCCAGAUUUGGCAGGGAAAACAACACGUGGCUAUCUCCUCGUUUCGCGUGCACAGCACGCAUAUCAGACAUGAGCCAGAAGUCAGAAACUAGACUUGCGCGCGCGGCACUGCUCUAUCAGUGCUUGAGGGGCCUUAUCCAACCAUCGCCAGUCCGUGAUCAGGCUUUCUGGCCGCUCGCAACCCGUUCCCUCACUAUCUUAUCUGAGGCGAGGCUGCCAGAUCUGGGCCUCGAGUGGUCGGUCUAUUCUUGAAGCAUCGCGUCACGGUGCACUGGUGCACUCUUCCCCGGGCGAAUCCGCGACAGCGCGCGGGGUUUAACGGAUCACCGGUCUAUCCUCGAGUAUCCGGUCGGAACCGCUUCGAGUCCGACAGCUUAACUAGCUUAACCGCCUGACGCCUGCGAUGAGGAGGCUAGGCAACCCGUCGCACUUCUCCGUCUCGCUAGGAAGCGGAUGCCUACCCUCCAGGCGCGAGACCACUUCUGCCAACUCUACGCGAACGCACUGCCAACCGACGCACUUCCUAGAUAGAGAAAUUAAACAGAGGCUCGCUAAUCCGAAAUGUGUGGUGCGGGACUAGGCUUGUUGCUAGAUUUGACUCCGUGC